CGACCGAGACUGUCCAAGCCGGGGCUCGAACUGGCAACCUUCCGAUUACAAGGCGAACUCCCAACUCUUGAGCCACGAUCGCCCCGAUUUAAGAGCGUUUUAAUCGAGAGAAAACUGAAAAUGUUCAUGCCUGUCUGAGAUGAGCGUAUAAAGUGUGUAGUGAGGGCUUUUACAGCCUUAAAACAUCUAUAAUAAUUGUAAAAGAAACAAAGUUGGCUACUUCGCAGGUUAUUUUUAGAACAUAACUACCGUGAUAAACGAGGUACCACUGUAUACCAUAAGGAAAUGGAAUUGGCGUGUAAUUUCUUUUUCAAGUGGUCCGGUCAGAUCAGCUGUUCAUGAAAGAUUUUGUGUAACUAGUUCAGUCUACUGGAAAAAAACCUGUUAAGAUUUUAUUUUUAAAGCCAAAGCAGCACACGUUGUGAUUCCGAUUCCAUUAUCAGUGGCACUUAUUUCUCCUUGGCUCCGCUUUGAAAGUAAGCAGCUCAUCAAAGACGUUAUAUUUGUGUGAAUGUAAUUGCCUGCUGUGGCAUGUUAGAGUGUGCAUUUACUCAAGAAAAAUACCGUUAAAAUUUUUAACGUCAAACCAAGAUGGCUGCCAAGUGGUGAGACUGACUUGUAGAAUAAUUGAGUUUUAUUAUUUGAAGUUGAUGUUUUUAUGCAUUUCAGUGACAUCUGUGUAAAUAAUGCUUUAUUUACACUUCUGGACUUGUGAUAUUUGCAAAUAAUGCAAACGUUAAGCUGAGAGAAAGGCAAGCUGCUCAUUUUAUGGUUUCUGCAGCCUGUAAGACAGCUGUUAACUUGUAGGACAGCACACAUGAGCAAGUUAAUACACAAGACUGCAACACUUGCGAUAGUUUCUAGUAUAACCAUGCAGCUGGUAGGGAUGGGUACCGGUGUCCGGUGCCAUUGUGGAACCGGUUCUGACAUAAACGGUAGUAACCAGACCGAAAAGCAGCGCACAAUUCGGUGCUUUUUUUCCCUGAGAAAUCUAGCCAAUCACUUCCUUUCCAAGGAUAGUAGGCGGGCCCAGGUACGUACGGGGUUUUUUUUUUUUUUAGAGCAGAGCUAAAAUGCCGAAGCUGAAGCGCUCGAGAGUGUGGCUGUACUUCACAGCAAAAGAUAUAAACCCAGCAGCCUGCAACAAAUGCUUAAAGGUAAUAAUGUGCAAAAGAGGUAACACCUCAAAUCUAAUGAAACACAUGGCGUCGCAUGGCGUUUUUUUAAAAGCCGAGAAAUGCACCACAUUUGAUAACUUGCAGCAAGACAUCACACCGAGCACAUCUACUGCGGGUGUGGUGCCUGUUCUCGGAGUUAGCAACAUUCAAGAACCCGAAGAGGAGAGUCCGGCCCCUAGCCCUGCCAGUGUAGCAGAAAUGAUAACUGAUGAUGCUGAUGGCAGCAGCACCCGUUCUUCUCUGGAUACUCCCUUCACCCUGGCCAAAAAGGCUACAAUGACGAAAGAAAAAGUGGACGAAAUUCAUAGGGCAGUGACAAAAUUUAUAGUCAAAGAUCUCCAUCCAUUUUCAACGGUGGAGUCACCAUCAUUCAGGGGGAUGUCCACUGCCCUUAAUCCAAGGUAUCAGCCCCCAUCGAGGGAUGAUCUAUCCAACACACUUGUACCUGUUUGGUAUUGCAUGGAGAAAAGCAACCUCAUCCAGAAUUUGGCACAGGUUAACAAGGUCGCUAUCACCUGUGAUGGAUGGACCAGUAUUGCUCAGGACCAUUUCCUCACAGUGACUGUUCACUACAUCUACAAAGGCAAAAUGAAGCAGAAUGUGCUUAGCACUGAAGCAGUUUAUGAGUCACAAACAGGUCCAGUUGUCGCUAAAGAAAUAUCAAGUGUUGUAGAGCAAUUUCACUUGGGAGGGAAAAUAAUUGCUGCCUCUGUAGACAAUGCCUGCAACAUGGAUGUUGCUUUGAAAAAAUUGGACUUUUUAAAAGUGGGAUGCUUUGCUCAUACCCUCAACCUGGCCACACAAAAGGUGUAUGACAUUCCUGCAGUUUCCAGCUGGUGUGCCAAAAUCCAUUCAGUUGUGGUGUGGCUCAAACGUUCAUCCUUGAGCAAAACUGUGCUCAGAGAAAAGCAGCGAAUCCUGAAUUUGCCAGAGCAUAAUGUAAUUCUUGACGUUAAGACGUGCUGGAAUUCUCUCUUCCUAAUGGUGGAGAGAUUUAUGGAGCAGUUUGAUGCAAUCCAGGCAGCUGCUCUGGAUCUAUGGCUGAGGAAGCCUAUGGAGAAGGACAAGCUAGAAAGGUUCACGCACACCGAUUUAAUGAAGGCAGAGGAGUUUAUUAAGUGCAUGCAAGUCCUGUACACGUCAACCAUGUGUGUGUCAAGUGACAAAUCACCCACAUGCAGCCAAAUCAUCCCCAUCCUGGCCAAGCUGGAGGCACAUUUCAGACGAUGUGAUGAAGACAGUGUUUUCACCUCUUCAAUAAAAGGGAAAGUCUGGGGUAGUCUGCAGAAAAGAUAUCAGGAUGAAAACCUUCAGAAAUUUCUGAAGGAGGCCACGAUGAUGGACCCACGUUUUAAAGGCAGGCUAGGUGGUGAGGCAGCUACUGACAUCUGGGACAGGUUGGAGAAGGCAGCAGUUGCAAAUGCCACAGCAGCAGUUGCACAGCCUCUCACUGAGGACCCCAAAGCACACAGCGAGGUGGAUGAUGCUGACAUGGACAAGCCAGAAAAAUAUCUAAGUAAGGUCCAGAAGUCACCCUUAGAAAAGCUGUUUGAGGAUGAAGACAGAGAGCUUCAACAGGCUGCUUCUCAAGCGGGUAGAGUCCCCUCAAUCACAGAGCAGGUACAGAAGGAGCUUCAAAUAUACAAAAGACUGCCAGGAAUUACCUCUGGACAAGACCCUGUGGCCUGGUGGUGGAGUAAGAGGGAUACACUCCCCAAUUUAUCUGCCCUAUCAGAGAAAUACUUGUGUGUCCCAGCCUCAUCAACGCCUUCUGAAAGAGUUUUCUCUUGUGCUGGGCAUGCCAUCAGCCAAGAGCGAUGCCGUAUAGCUCCAGAAAAGGCUAAUAUGAUCAUCUUCUUGCAAAAAAACUGCUAAACAUCACAGGUUUCAUGACAAAGUUUGUGUUUUCAAUUGUUUAAGCACUGGUUCCAACCAAAGAAGUUAGCCCUUUCUGUCAAUAAAACAUAACUUUGUUAUCAUUUUGCUUAAAAAAAAUUACUGGGAAAAAUAAAAACACAAGGUUUUUGGACGAAGUUUGUGUUCUUUAUUCUUUAAGCACCAGUUCGAGCACCGUUUAAGCACCGGCACCGUUUCAAAAGUACCGUUUUGGCACCGGUAUCGGAUAAAACCUAAACGACACCCAUCCCUAGCAGCUGGACACCAUUCUGGUCAGAUUCCUGGUGACUUCACACACUGGUUGAAGGAGCCAGCUCUGUUAUAGUUGGAGCUGUUUGGAAGCAGCUCUUUAGGCUUAGUUCAAACAGCUGCAUGAAACCUGAAGUAAUUUAAAGCAUAGUGUCACAGCAAAAUUGACUUGCCCUUGAUGCUGGUGUACAUUUCUUCUGCUUUC